GCUUAGCUAAAAGCGGACCAGGGGUUUCGCCAGAAACUCAGAAAGAGCAAAAGGUUUUAGAGGGAGAGAAUAUGUAGCUUGGAGAUAGAGAAAGGAAUUUAUGCACUCACAUUGGCGUUGCGAAGGGGGAAGCUUCUUGAAGAAUGGAGAGUAACAGUGGCUUAAGCAGUAACAGCAGCAUUGUUUUGGCCAAUCAGAGCAAGCCUUUGCAAGGAAUCCGAGUAGAAAAUCCCUUUACUUUCAAAGUCUUUCAAGUAUUUACCGGCUUUGGCUUCGGUUGUGGUGUUGGUAUUGGCGUUGGCAGACCCAUAAAUCUAGGUGCACUGCCAAUGGUGGGCCAGUUUAUGAGUGCAGCCAGAGGUGCAACUGAUCCCUUCUCUGGUGCUAGCAGGCAUAUAAAUGAUGCUUUGCGGAAGAUGGGAGCUAAGAGAAUUGAAGUAGGAAUUGGAUGCGGAGUUGGUUUUGGCCAUGGCUUUGGAGUUGGCCUUGCUGUGAAACCUGGGGUGGUGCAGAAGAUUCAAGUCUGUCUCAUGCAAGUGAUGACAAAGAUGAUGGCAAAAUUCGGAAUGGCUCCCAAUCUAUCAAUUGGUCAAGGUGCCCUUCCAAUGUCAAUGCAAAGCGGCUUGAGCACAGUGAAUGGACCCUCAAUCCAAAAUCCAUUGGGAAGUAUCACACAACUGGCAACAAAACUUCCUGACCAAACACCUGAAAGCAUGCAUGGAUAUGGUAGUAUGAUUCCACAUUCAAGCUAUGAAAACUCCACGCCAACAAGCAGUAUAGUUGACACACCUUUUGGUAGUCGAACGGAAAAGGUCAUUAGCGGUUUUCUGAACAAUCCAAUUCUGAAAGAAGAUGAUAAAAACCUAAAUGAAGUGGCUGGACGCUUGCGUUCUGAAAACAACCUGCUUCAAAUGGUGUUGAAACACCAGCAAGUCAUUGAAAAGCUUAUGGAGGAGAAUGAGAAGCUUCGUCAGGUACUGGUGGAAGACCUGAAAAUAUCACCCAGCAAACUCCAUUCCAGUCACUCGCCUAGAAGUAACUCUGUGUGCGCUGAUUGUUUUGAGUGCCGAAGAAAACAAAGAAAAAGGAGAUGAAGUUAAUGUAAAUAUCACUGGAGAAGACAUUCAAGGUCUGGACCUCUAAGAUCUUAACUGAUGAUGCCCUUUACGAACUGUGCUUUUCUAGCAUUCGUUUGGCUUGGCCAUUCUUGCAGGACAAUAAUCUGGAGCUGUCAAUUGUAACUUGAAAGAUUAAAUUAUGAAGAUAGAUACAGAUUACUUGUAAAAAAACUGAUCAAGUUGCUUUGAAUAUACACUUAGUUGAAGAGCUUUUGAAGUCAGGCCUGCCAGAAGGUAACCUAACCUUUCCUUUUGCACUUUUCUUUAUAUAUAUAUAUUUGUUAAGCUUUAACUUUGAUGAGGGCAUUUUUUUCCUUUUUUUUUUUUUUUUUUCUUUUCUUUUUUCUAUUCCAGUCAAUUGUCUGGGAUUUAACUUUCCUUGGUGCAUGUGUAUUGUAACAAUAAUUUCGAGUCCUGCUUUCUAUUUCUCUAAGAUUGGAUUGGAUACA